GCGGCGAGUGAGAGGGUCACUGCACCUAAAUUUCCGGAGCCGGUUCACCUCUGGCUCCAUGGCGACCGCUAGAGGACCGGCGUAUCUGCUGACAUUAGGCAGAUGGCGCGGCGGCCUCGGAAUAGCUACCCAGUCCCGAGCGCUCGCUGCCCUCGUGCCCGGCGUAUCCCAGGUGGAUAACCAGUCUGAUUUCCUGGGGAAGAGGUCCCAUCGCCGACACCCCGGCAUCCUGCAGCUGUCGCGCGUGCGGCUGCCGCAAGUAUUGGUUGACGCCGCGCAGUUACUGCUGCUGGAGAGCUCGAUGCCCAAUAUGGAGAAGCACGUGCAAGCAUUGACCAAUUAUCUCUGGAGUCGGCAUUUACCUGUAGAGCCAGAGGAGUUGCAAAGACGGGCUGUCCAUCUUGAGAAAAAAUUCCUGGAAAACGCAGACUCAUGUCAGAUGGAAAAACUUUGUGGAGAAGUGCUGCAUGCUCUGCGUAGAACUACCUAUCAUUGGCAAGAGUUGAGCUACAGUGAGGGACUGAGCCUGGUGUAUAUGGCAGCAAGACUGGAUGGUGGCUUUGCAGCAGUCUCCAGGGCAUUCCAUGAGAUCCAAGCUCGACUUCCAGAGUUCCAGCCACAAACCUUGAUGGACUUUGGCUCAGGUACUGGCUCUGUCACCUGGGCUGCUCAUAGUACUUGGGGCCAGAGCCUACGGGAAUAUAUGUGCGUGGACAGCUCAGCGGCCAUGUUGGAAUUGGCAGAAAAGCUACUGAAAGGUGGUUCAGGAUCUGGGAUGCCUUAUGUGCCAGGUGUCUUUUUCAGACAGUUUCUACCUGUAUCACCCAAGGUACAAUUUGAUGUGGUGGUAUCAGCCUUUUCUCUCAGUGAACUGCCCAGCAAGGCCAACCGCACUGACGUAGUCCAAACCUUGUGGCGCAAGACAGGUCAUUUUCUGAUAUUGGUGGAGAAUGGAACAAAAGCUGGGCACUCCCUUCUCAUGGACGCCAGGGACCUGGUCCUUAACGGAAAAGAGAAGUCACCUUUGGACCCUCGACCUGGUUUUGUCUUUGCCCCGUGUCCCCAUGAACUUCCCUGUCCCCAGUUGACAGCCUCUAAGCCCCUGGCCUGUAGCUUUUCCCAGGCCUACCAUCCCAUCCCCUUCAGCUGGAACAAGAAGCCAAAGGAGGAAAAGUUCUCGAUGGUAAUCCUUGCCCGAGGGUCUCCGGAGGAGGCUAAUCGCUGGCCCCGAAUCACUCAGCCUGUUCUUAAACGGCCACGCCAUGUGCAUUGUCACCUGUGCUGUCCAGAUGGGCAUAUGCAGCAUGCUGUGAUCACAGCCCGCAGACAUGGCAGGGAUUUGUAUCGCUGUGCCCGUGUCAGCUCCUGGGGAGAUCGUUUACCUGUGAUCACGCCAUCUGAGCUUCCUCCAUCACCUGCUCAAGAUCCCCCUGAGAGUUGACAAGGAUGUGUAACAUGUGUUUUCUUCUAUCGUGACUGCCAAGGCUGAAGCUACCUGGUAUCCAGGAUGGGAGUGCUGGUACUUUUACAGCAAAAAACUAGUUAAAAUA